AUGCUAUUGAUAAUUUUGAGUACGUCUCCAUAAUUAAUAUCAUCAGGUUAAUAUGGAUGUGAUCACUAAUCAAGGUUAGAGAAGUAAAAGAGUAUAAUAUCUUUUAAGGAGCAAAGACAACUAAUUAAAUUUCUACUUAAAUGAUUGUCAUCAUGAAUAUUCAAUAGAAUUGAGCAUCAAAAGCAAUUAAGUCCCUAUAAUAUUAUAGAAAUUAAAGGAAGAUUAUAGUGGAAUCGAUCUAAUUCAUUUAGGAUAUAUUCCCUACCCAAUUGAAGAUUGUGAUCCAGAUGCCCUAUUAUAAAAAGUAUUAUAAGAGAUUCAAGAACAAUAGUAAGUCUUAAAAAUACUUAAUAAGGAUAAGAAAAUAUUCUUUACGCUUUACAAAGACGAUUUAUGA